ACUUACAAUCUGACAACCCUUCCAAUUCUCCUCAGAGCAACCCCCCUCUCCACAGAAGACCAGAGUAACCUCUUACAUUAGGAUCAUCAGGCUCUGAUAAACUGGAUUAUACCCAUCUUGCAGGAUCAGAUUAAACGUGAGAAAAUACAGCUGGAUCAUACCUUUUAUGAUCCCAGUGCAUAGGAGAUCCUUGGCACAGUGACCCCCUGCCCCCGUUCCACUGGCAGUGUACCACACCUCUGACUCCCUCUUCUCUUCAAAGUCUAUGGAAGGCUCACUACAGGACAUAACUACUGGAUAAGAACAUAUCCGAGACAAGAGUGAGUAUGACCCAAAGGAAAAUGUGGUUGGAAUCUGGACACACCUUUGCAUCUUGAUCUUGUUGUUGAACUGUAGCAUAAAACACAUUGAAUCAGAUUUAAUGAUGGAGAGAAAUUGGAUCAUUCAGUCGCUGCUCCUCUUGUCAGUUACCAUGUUUUUUGCCAUUGCUAUACCAAAUGAGCAGAAUCAGAAUGUGACACAAGACUACACUCAUUUGAGUGUGACUAGGAAUAAAAUUAUGACAGCACAGUAUGAAUGCUAUCAGAAAAUUACACAAGAUCCUAUUCGUAGUAAAGAAGGUCCUUACUGUAACAGAACAUGGGAUGGUUGGUUGUGUUGGAAUGAUGCUGCAGCAGGAACCAUAUCAGUACAACGCUGUCCUGAUUACUUUCAGGACUUUAACCCAUCAGAAAAAGUUACAAAGAUUUGUGACCAAAAUGGAAACUGGUUUAAACAUCCUGAAAGCAACAGAACAUGGACAAACUACACCCAGUGUAAUCUCCGUACACAUGAAAAAGUAAAGACAGCCCUGAAUUUGUAUUAUCUGGCCAUCAUUGGGCAUGGUCUUUCAAUUGCGUCACUUUUGAUUUCCCUUGGCAUAUUCUUUUAUUUUAAGAGCUUGAGUUGCCAAAGGAUCACCCUACAUAAAAAUCUGUUUUUCUCUUUUGUUUGCAACUCCAUCGUUACAAUAAUUUGGCUGGCGGCAGUUGUCAACAACCAGCAAUUAGUUGCAACUAAUCCAGUUAGUUGCAAAGUAUAUCAGUUCAUUUACUUGUAUUUAAUUGGUUGCCAUUACUUCUGGAUGCUCUGUGAAGGGAUUUAUCUGCAUACUCUCAUUGUGGUGGCCGUCUUUGCAGAGAAACAACACUUGAUGUGGUAUUAUCUUCUCGGCUGGGGAUUCCCACUGAUCCCUGCCUGCAUACACGCUGUAGCAAGAAUUAUGUAUUUCAAUGACAACUGCUGGAUCAGUUCUGAAACUCAUCUGCUGUACAUUAUCCAUGGGCCUAUUUGUGCUGCUUUAGUGGUGAAUCUUUUUUUCCUGUUGAAUAUUGUUCGAGUUCUGAUAACCAAGCUCAAAGUCACACACCAGGCAGAAUCCAACCUAUACAUGAAAGCUGUGAGAGCUACACUCAUUCUAGUGCCACUUCUUGGCAUUGAAUUUGUGUUGUUUCCAUGGCGACCAGAAGGCCGUAUUGCUGAAGAAGUAUAUGACUACGUGAUGCAUAUCCUUACGCAUUAUCAAGGUCUGUUGGUGGCUACAAUUUUCUGCUUUUUUAAUGGAGAGGUCCAAGCUGUUUUGAGAAGGCACUGGAAUCAGUACAGAAUCCAAUUUGAGCACAGCUUCACUCACUCAGAUGCUAUGCGCACAGCUUCCUACACGGUAUCAUCCAUCAGUGAUGUUCAGAGCUACAGCUUCAAUCACGAUUUCAUGAAUGAACAUUUAAAUGGGAAAAGCUACCAUGACAUGGAGAAUAUUGUUUUAAAAGCUGAAAAGCUGUAUGGUUGACUGCAGAAACGCUGCAUUGCCCGCAUUCUAGUCCUAAUAGCUCAUGAACUUGACGUUUGAGUUAAUGACUUCAUGGCCAGAAGAUUUUUACCUCACUGGGGACAUGUUUUUCCUGAAUGAUGCUAACUUAAGACAAUGCAUUUCUCAUGUGUAUAUACAUAUGCACAUAUAUGUUCAUACAUAGAUAUAAGUACAUAUAUAAAGAACCAGACUUUGCCUCUUCCAUUUCUACUAUGUAGACCAAGUUGGCAAUUAUUUUGUAUGCAGGGACUCAAUGAAGGAUUUCUUAUUUUCUUGAAAGUUUGUGUAAAGACUGCGUUGCAUUGAAAGCCAUUUCAUUUACCUGCAAGAACUCAUCUUGUAAAUACUGUCUUAAUCAUAAUAUAUUUGCUAAAUUCAGCCAGUAAAGACAUCCUAAAUAAGUGGUUGAGAUUGAAAUCAGUCAGGAAAGACAGAUGGUUGAAGAUAAUCGAGUCUGAGAUGUUUAUAUGUAUCUGGCUCAUUUUUUGCCACUAUUUUAAACCAGGCAUAUUGUAAAGGCAUCCAGAUGCCAAUGCCUGAAAUCUGAGGUAUGAAACCCCAGCUGCUUCUAUUCUGCAAUGUAAUAUUUUACAAGAUGUUUUUAAUUAUUUUGGUAUACAGACAGCCUGAUCCUGCCACUAAUGACAUAAAUGGAAGUUUCUUAUUGACUUUAAUGGGAGCAGGACCAGUGAGAUCUUGAUCUGGAAAAGCUAUAAGCCCAUCUUUAUCUUUGACUUUGAUGGAACUUAAACUAGUGCUUAAGCUGUUUGUAAAAGUCAAGCAGGCUUGCUGACUUGGAGCAAGAUUGCAUACAUGUAAAAAAAAAAUUUCCUUGCCACAUGCCUGAUACCUGUCUCCUUAGUUUAUCAGGCAAAACAAAUCCCAUUGGUACAGUGGCAGUUUUGGCUGAGAAAGGCAUGCAAGAUUGGAUGGCAUGCAAAUAAAUAUUAUCCUAGAGCCAGCUUCUUUAGCCUAGCCUAGUAAUAAGACAAGGUGGUUUGGGGCAUUUUCCAGUGGUUUUUGGAAAACUUAUCAAGUCUGUCUUAUGAAAAUCUUUUAGAGCCUUUCUGAAGUGCCUUGUUUGGGAAAUUCAGUAUUAUUUUGUGGUGAUUGAUUGUAUAAGACUUGAAUCUGUUAAGGUCUUAAAAAAUAUGUCUUUAAAGACAGCAUUUUAUGUGUGUUUUUAAAUGUUUUAUGUUUUAAACAAAUAGUGUAUUUUCAAUACAAAAGAAGAAAAAUCAGAAGGAGGGCGCAUGAUAAGAGGUUACUUUAGUUCUCAAAAAGUCUUAUUCAAAAGUAUUUUUAAGGCUGAAUAAAGUGAAAGAAAUGGAUGAAAAAAAAUCUAGUACUGUGGAUGGUAGUAUAUUGACAUGCAAAAGUAUUUCUGAUUUAUUAAAACCAACACCAGAGGCUUAAAAAAUACUUUUUCAGAACACCUCAGUGUUAAAGGCGUAUUAAUGAAUAUGAAAAAUUCAGUUUUAGCCUUUAAGGGUGAUAUGUCAUUAGUCUUCUAACAGACUUCAAUAGAUAGCUAAUUAGCCAGCCAUCAUAGGGCUUAUCAGUUUGAGAUUUCAUAAGAAUGUGAAUAGUUUUUGUCUUCAUCGCAGCAGUCUGCAACUUUUUGUAUAUGUUUAAACCUGGCUGGUGAUUAAAUUUAGAAGAAAGGCCUUUAGUCGGUGGAUUAAUAGUAAUCAUAAUAAGCUAGAAUCUCAGUUGCCCAGAUCAAAAGGUCUGUGCUGAUAGUGAAUAGUCUGAACAAAAAUGUCUGAGGGUCACUCAUUGGCCGUGUUUGUACCAGUGGCAGAAAUCAGAUGUCACAGUGUCAUUGUGUGAAUGCCAGCUGCUUACAAAUGUUCUUACUGACCAAGUUGCUUGAACAACAAUUUAAAAAAAUUUACUCUGGCUGAAAUCCCAGCAGACUUUUAUGCAUGGGACCAGAGCCAGAGGUGCUGUAAAUCAUAUGGGCUCUCUUGAAGUCAAGGAAGCUACACUGGCUUACAUCAGUGGAGGAACUGGCCCAUACUGUUCAUGUGUCUUCCAGGCAGCCAUUACAGACUUAAAGCGUUUUAUACAGCUUGAUCAGCUGCGUAAUUCAAAAAACCUGGCCAGACUAACAUGAUUAACCCAUAAAGGGCAGCCAAUGUAAUCUCGAAGAGUUAAAUUCUAAGGGCCCACUGUUCCCGUUAGAUGAUGCAACUCUACUGAUUUUAGUAAGGUUUUUACCUCAUAGCAGAGAGGAGUAUUGACUGCUUGUAGUUCCAUUAGGGAGCUGUGGAUUGGGAAGGUAGGGGAGGGGAGAAUGUGGUCCACAGCUUCUGCUACCAGAGCUGUCCUCACAGCUCAGGGUGACAGGCCCAAUGUAGUGCCAUGUAUACUCUUAGACAUGGCUGGCUUUAGGAAGAGCGGGGCCCAAUUAGAACAGUUUCAACGGGCCUCCAGCAGAGAUGACUAAAAAAAAAAAAGAAAUGUAAAAAAACA